AUGGGCAGAAACUUGGAUACAACCUUCUCCAACAAGGUGUUCCGAGUGCCUGCAGGCCCCGCAGCGGUGUUGGGGGGCUCGGCAACCGAGGUGGUUAAGAGGGUGGCCCUCUCCACCUUUCUGCGGCUGCAGGCCCUGCCCGAGGACCUUCGACGCACCCGGCUGGUUGCUCCUAGGGCGGGGCCAUGGGACCCUCGGGCAGCGCGACGGGCGGCCCCUGCCCGGAUCCGCGCUAUCAAGGCCGGUCUUCCCCCUCGCGGCUCUGCCAGAUCGCGCCCGCCAUCGAUUCCUCCGUUUGGGGAAGCUGGGGCCAGCUCCGCGUGUUCCCCGGAUGCCCCAGCCAUCUCCUGGGCAGCAGGAGCGCGGGCCCGGCCGGCAGAGCUCCGGGAGAGGCCGGCGGGCGCUGGGAGCCGGACAGGAGCGCGCCGCGCCGGCGGGGACCCGGGGCCCAGGGUCGGUUCCGAGGGUGGGGGCGCCGCCAAACCCGCGGCAAUCCUGCCGCGCGCUACCUUCUCGUUGCGCCUGCAGAGUCCCGCCAGCCCUGCGCCCGCCGGCCCGCGCACGGCCCCGGCGUCGCUCGGCAUGAACUCCGCUGGGCUCAAGACGUACGGCGAGGGGCGCGCGGGGGCCGGCCCGCUGCCCUUCAGCGUCGAGUCGCUGCUGGAGGCGGAGCGUGGGCUGGACUCGGAGCUCCGGGAGGAGAGGCCACGGGGCGCCGCGGAGCCCUGGGCCUGGUUCCCGCCGGCUGCCCGCUCGUCGUCCCCACGCUCCCCCAGCCCUCCACCCUGCACCCUCCGAAAACACAAGACCAACCGCAAGCCGCGGACGCCCUUCACCACCGCUCAGCUGCUGGUGCUGGAGCGCAAGUUCCGCCAGAAGCAGUACCUGUCCAUCGCAGAGCGCGCGGAGUUCUCCAGCAGUCUGGGCCUCACCGAGACGCAGGUCAAGAUCUGGUUCCAGAACCGCCGCGCCAAGGCCAAGAGGCUGCAGGAGUCUGAGCUGGAGAAGCUCAAGCUAGCGGCCAAGCCGCUGAUGCCUUCGUUUGCCUUGCCCUUCGCCCUGGGCGCGCCCCUGCCCGGCUCUCUGGCCGGGUACGCCGGCGCAGCGGGCACCCUGCCUCAGGUGCCAGGACUCCUCGCCGCGCCCGUCGCUGCCUACCGCCUGUAUUACCUGUUCUAG